AUGGAUCCAAUUGACACCCGACAUGUCGCAAAGGGUUUCUUCAAUGCGACUUCAAUCUUGAAGCAACUCUUUGUGCACUAUUCUGAGCUGUUCCAGCCAGAUGCGGUGAAAGCUUUCCAGGGACUCUGGCAAUGCUUUCCACCGCUGGUGCUGCCUUCAAAUCUGAACUUGAAGCCCUUUUCACUUAACAGGUGCACAAACAGAACCGGCUAUCUGGACUUUGUGGCGGUCUUUUAUCCACACGUUUGGCAGAAGAUGGGCCGCCUCUCCGGGCCGCGCCGGAAGAAGUGUCGCAGGUUCGGCAUCCACCUCUCGGCUCUCAACUGCUUGGGCCAUGACCUGGAGAUCCUGCUGAACUUCGCGCGCGAUGGCAAGUACGAAGGCACCUGGAACUCCAUCGUGGCCUCCCUGGGGGGUCCCAUUCGCAGCUGGGUCUCCGCCUGGCCUAAUGAAACCUUGGUGGUGAUCAGCAGUGGGCAGGGCCGACAGUUGCACCCAGGACUGAUGUCCAGAAGAGCUGAGAACGCGAUAUUGGUCACAUAUGCCGGUGCGACGGACUGGCUUGAAAAACACAAUGCCUACGCAUUCACGGACCGCCUGGCUCCAAGCCGUCCUCGUGCCCAUGCCACCUGGCAGUCCAGCUGCGGUAGCUCCAGGAGUAGCCAAGCCAGUGGCUUCGCCAAUUAUCAUUAUCCCAAUGCUUGGCCCCACGAUGUGACCAUGCAGUACCCAUCUCCCUUCGACACCAAAAAAUAUUGGCGUGGUCCCGCUGAACGACACAUUCUGGCUUCUUUCAUUGGAACGCCCACGCAUUGCUCAAGGCAAGACCUUCUCCAGCUUUGGCGCGGCAGAAAUCGUACGGGAUUGAAAGUCAUGGAAACCGUGCAGGAGAAGGGACUCUACAGCUCCAUUUUGCAGCAGAGCCGCUUUUGCCUGGUCUUGGAUGGCCAUUAUCCUUGGACCAUUCGUUAUUUGGACGUGCUCCAACAUGGCUGUGUGCCUGCGGUGGUUUCUGAAUCAUGGCACCCUCCUUUGCAUCGCCUGCUGGCCUGGGAAAAUACAGGCAGCUUUCCUACAUUGCUGAUCCAUCCUCGCUCAAUGCCAGUGCUCGAUCAAUUGCUGGCACGGAUUCCUUACACGACUUGGGUGAAAAUGCAAAGGCUUACGAUUCAGCUGGCGAGGAUUUUUGAUCCAAGGUACUCCUUCUGCCCUGCAUCGGUGCUGGCGGAAGUCUUCCUUUCCACCUUGGAACGGCAUCCGGAGCUCAAGUCAAGUCGCUGA